AUCCUGUCUAUCCAUUGACACGCUCCGCCUCUUCUUCCUACCAUUGGAAUUGGAUUUCUUCAAAGCAAGCAGCCUCUUAUCAACAUGGCCGAUUCCACCCGCAGCAAGAAAAUGACGACAAAGGUCGGCGACACAGUCAAGCAUGAACUCCACGACGUCGCGAACACCGCCCAAGCCGGCGUGCGCUCUGGAGCAUAUCUCUAUCCAUUCAAGGGCAUCUUCUACUUCCUCACCCACCGCAGCCUGUGGAAACCACUCCUCUCCCGCCUCGCGCCAACCAUGACUCUCGGCCUAGGAAUCACCGCCGCCAUGUUCCUGCUCGCCUACGUCCCGCAACUCACCGUCAUGGUCUUUACUCAAGGCCCUAUCGCAGCAAUCACAACCGCCUUCCUGGUCCUCAGCGAGUCCAGCAUGCUCACGCAAGCCAUCGCUCGCGCCUUGCUCAUCGAGGACAGCCUAGUCGACACCUUCGACGGCACCUUGAUUGCGCGCGGCCAGACUGCGCUCGUGCAGAGGGAGCGCACGGUCAAGUCUGGUGGCGCGGGCGACACGAUUGCUCGGUUGGGGAAGCUGGUUAGCAAGCCUUUUCAGCAGUUUGCGCCGACGUCCAUCGUUCGCUAUCUGCUGCAAUUGCCGCUCAACUUCAUUCCCGUCGUGGGCACGGCCAUGUUUAUCGUCCUGCAGGGGAGGCGAGUGGGGCCGAAGGUGCACUCUCGGUACUUUCAGCUGAAGAGCAUGAACCAGACGCAACGUGAGAAGCACAUCGAGGAGAGGCAAGGCGCCUAUACUGGAUUUGGAGUUGCUGGAGUACUAUUGGAGAUGAUCCCAGUGGCCGGGAUUCUGUUCACUUUCACCAACACUUGCGGUGCAGCACUCUGGGCUGCAGAUAUGGAGAAGGCAGCGGGUGCAGGCAGCGAACAGGUCGAGCAGUAAGGGAAGGUCGGGAACAGUAUAGAAAUAAGCACCUCGAGCACGUAACGAAAGAACCGCAUCGAGCAAAAGAUCAACCUUCCGCUCGAACGUCCGCCCGUUCCAGCGGCAUCCCUGCA